AUGCACCCCGAACACCAAAAUAAAACGUCUGAUUUUUUUGAAAGAAAAGCAUCAGAACAAAGUCGGCAAGUAGUUUUUUUUGAUAAACAUACUAAUUUAAAUAAAACACUUCUUAAAGCUUCUUUUGAAAUGGCUUUACUGAUUGCUAAAGCUAAAAAAAGUUUUACUAUUGGAAAAAACUUGGUUUUACCUGCAGCAAUAAAAAUAUGUGAAAUUGUACACGGUGAUAAAAUUGCAGAUGCAUUACGGUCCAUCCCUGUUUCUAAUGAUACUAUUAAAAGAAGAAUAGACUAUAUGGGGGAUUAUAUGAAAUCUCAAUUAUUAAUUCAAAUUAAAAAUAGUGACACUUUUGCAAUACAACUCGAUGAAUCGACAGAUCUUACAAAUAAUGCCCAGUUAAUGGUAUUUGUGAGAUAUCAAUAUAAUCUAGAAAUAAAUGAAGAUUUACUUUUUUGUGAAACUCUUUCCGAGACAACAAAAGGCAUAGAUAUAUUUAAAAAAGUAAAUGAUUUUUUUAUUAUAAACGAAUUAGACUGGACCAAAUGUGUUGGUGUAUGUACAGAUGGAGCAGCAGCAAUGACUGGUAGAAUAUCAGGGUUUAAAGCAGAAGUGAUGAAAGUUAGUCCUGAUAUAAGAUUUGUUCAUUGCAUUAUACAUAGAGAACAUUUAACUUUUCGAAAAAUUGGCUGUGAACUGAAUUCAAUUAUGAAUGACGUAGUAUCAAUGGUCAAUUUUGUGAAAACCCGUGCCCUAAAUUCUCGACUUUUUAAAAUUUUAUGUGAAGAUAUGGGAUCCAACCAUAAUACAUUACUAUUCCAUACAGACGUACGUUGGCUAUCCCGUGGAAAAGUUUUGAAAAGAGUUAUAGAACUAAGUGAUGAGCUCCGCAUAUUUCUUCGUGAUAUUAAACCCGAUUUAUCUGCACUUUUAAGUAAUGAAAAAUGGAUGUGUUUAACUUCAUAUUUAGCAGAUUUUUUUGAUAAAGUUAAUGAAUUAAAUCUAUCUCUUCAAGGUAAGAGUUCCAACAUUUUAAUACUUACCUCAAAACUUCAAGCAUUUAAACAAAAAUUGUCUUCUUGGUUAAACGCAUUUAAAAAUGGAGAUUCCUCAAUGUUUACGAGCUUACACGAUUUUCUUACCGUUAAUGAGCUUUCAAUGACAACUUCAGUUUCAAGUAUAAUAACUGAUCAUUUGUCUAUUAGAUAUAAAAAAUGA